UAGUGGCUCCAGAGGACGAGCAUGUCCAGCUCCAGAUACCUUUAUGUUCCUCCUCCCACGCCCUCUCCGCCUCUGACAGCCGAGAGUCCUUUGGACUUGAGCCUCGAAAACAACCACCGCGGUGUGUUUGAAGAAGCUGGAGCCCGGGGUGGUUAGCACAGGCUCCAAAGGGGGGGACAAGUCAGUUUUCUUGCCCCCUUUUACCCCUGUGGGAAACUGCAAGACCGCCCCUGGAUUAAGACCCCGCCUUUAAACUCAAAUAAGAAGGAAACUUCAAACGCCGUCGGCCGCCGGGGCUCUUCCCUCGCGCUCCUCCCUCGCGCUCCCGACCGGCUUCACAAAGGAUUUGCCGACGUUCGGGAAUUCCGCCUCCAGUUCCUUUUAUAGCGCCACUCGUGCGCUGGCUGCGCUCCAGGAUCCCGCCCAUCCCGGUUACUUUGACAACACAAAGGACUUCACGGAACUCGCAAGCGCCGCCCCCUUUCCAAAUAAGGGCAGCCUCUCCAUGUACGGCAAACAAUCGGUGCGAGAUUGCCCUUUUCUCUUCCUUAUCCCGUUUAUAUGAUCGGAGAGGAACUGCGCUUCAGGUUGGAAGCGGUGCGAUCAUGGCCGAGCGAGUCCAGCAGCCCCCAGCCAAGCGGCUCUGCUGCAGGCCCGGCUACAACCCGGCGUGCAGGCAGGGCCAGCGGGCUGGAGGAGUCCUGUGUGGCGGCGCGGGGUCCGCUCCGGGAGGGUCGGGGAACGGGAAAACGCACAACCCGGAGUCGUUGCUCGACAUCGCGGCGCGCAAAGUCGCGGAGAAGUGGCCGUUCCAGAGGGUGGAGGAGCGGUUCGAGAGGAUCCCGGAACCCGUCCAGCGGAGGAUCGUAUACUGGUCAUUCCCGAGAAGCGAGAAGGAGAUCUGCAUGUACUCCUCGUUCAACGCCGGAGGAGAGGAAAGUGGAACUAGCGGGGACAAUAAUGACGAGACCCAGCUGCCUUUCCUCCGGGGUGUCACUCUGCUGGAGGGUGGCUGGGUGGACAACGUAUUGCAAGUCGGUUUCCAUCUCAGCGGCACAGUGACGGACCCCGCCACGUCCUCGACCCCGGAGCUCGUCUGCAGCGUCAGCGUCAGCUUCGACCGCUGCAAGAUCACGGCCGUAACGUGCACCUGCGGCAACAAAGACAUCUUCUACUGCGCCCAUGUAGUGGCGCUGUCGCUUUACAGAGUACGGAAGCCCGAGCAGGUCAAACUGCACCUGCCCAUCUCGGAAACCCUGUUCCAGAUGAGCAGAGACCAGCUGCAGAAGUUCGUCCAGUAUCUGAUUUCAGUCCACCACACCGAAGUGUUGCCUACCGCGCAGAAACUAGCCGACGAGAUCCUGUCGCAGAACUCCGAGAUCAACCAGGUCCACGGAGCCCCGGAUCCCACAGCAGGAGCCAGCGUGGACGAUGAUAACUGCUGGCAUCUGGAUGAGGAGCAGGUCCAGGAGCAGGUCAAGCUCUUCCUGUCGCAGGGAGGGUACCACGGCUCGGGCAAGCAACUCAACCUGCUGUUCAGCAAGGUGAGGGAGAUGCUGAAGAUGCGUGACUCCAACGGAGCGAGGAUGUUAACACUGAUCACAGAACAGUUCAUGGCCGACCCUCGGCUGGCGCUGUGGAGACAACAGGGCACCACCAUGACGGACAAGUACAGACAGCUCUGGGACGAACUAGGUGCCCUGUGGAUGUGCAUCGUGCUGAACCCCCACUGCAAGGCGGAGCAGAAGUCCUCGUGGCUGCGCCAGCUGCGCAGGUGGAACGGCGUGGACGUCUGCCCCUGGGAGGACGGUAACCACGGCAACGAGCUGCCCAACCUCACCCACUCGCUGCCUCAGGGCGCUCACGGCAACCAAGAGAUGCGCCCCCACAGGACUGUGUUCACACGGGCCAUCGAGGCCUGCGACCUGCACUGGCAGGACCGACACCUCCAGCACAUUAUCGCCAGUGACCUCUACGCCAACUACUGUUACCAUGACAACCAGGAGGGCUCCCUCUUCGACACGCGAGGCUGGCCCUUGUGGCACGAACACGUCCCGACGGCGUGCGCCAGGGUGGACGCCCUGCGCUCGCACGGGUACCCGAGAGAAGCCCUCCGAUUGGCCAUCGCCGUCGUGAACACGUUACGCCGGCAACUGCAGAGGCAACUGGAGCACUUCCGCCGACACAAGAAAGAGUUGCUCCAUAAAGGCCACACCUCCAUCACCAACAUGGAGGGCUGGGUGGGUCACCCCCUGGAUCCCGUCGGUACCCUGUUCAGCACCCUGACGGAGUCGGGACGAGGGGGAGAGGAGGGCUCCAACAUCUGUUUAGACCUCUCAGACUGCUCCAGUGUCGUGAGCCGAGCGGAGCUCCAGCGAAUGCCCGUGCAGCGAUUGUUGGGGGACGGCGAAUCGUACGUGGCGCUGGCGGUGGAGACGGCUCUUAUGGGCUUGGGCCAGCAGCGGGUGAUGCCCGACGGGCUGUAUGCUCAAGAGAAGGUGUGUCGCAACGAAGAGCAGCUAUUGGCCAAGCUGCAGGAAGUGGAGCUGGACGACUCGCUAGUCAAAAUCUUCCGUAAACAGGCCGUCUUUCUGCUCGAGGCUGGUCCGUACUCUGGCCUUGGCGAGAUCGUCCACAGAGAGAGUGUUCCCAUGCACACCUUCGCCCGCUAUCUCUUCACCUCCCUCCUACCUCACGACGCUGAACUGGCGUACAAAAUUGCACUGAGAGCCAUGCGGUUGCCGGUGUUGGAGUCGACGGCCUCGUCCGGCGACCUGUCUCGACCCCACCACAUCGUGUCAGUGGUGCCCAACCGCUACCCGCGCUGGUUCACCCUGAGCCACAUCGAGUCUCAGCAGUGUGAGCUGGCCUCCACCAUGCUCACUGCUGCCAAAGGUGACAGUCGCAGGCUGGAGACGGUCCUGGAGUCCAUCCAGAAAAACAUUCACUCCUCGUCUCACAUCUUCAAACUGGCACAAGACGCGUUCAAGAUCGCCACUCUGAUGGACAGCCUGCCCGACAUCACGCUUCUCAAGGUCUCUCUGGAGCUGGGACUGCAGGUGAUGCGAAUAACCCUGUCCACGCUAAACUGGAGGAGGCGGGAGAUGGUGCGCUGGUUAGUCACGUGUGCCACUGAAGUGGGUGUGUACGCGCUGGACAGCAUCAUGCAGAGCUGGUUCACCCUCUUCACCCCCACGGAGGCCACCAGCAUCGUGGCGACCACCGUCAUGUCCAACAGCACCAUCGUCCGCCUCCGCCUGGACUGCCACCAGCAGGAGAACCUGGCGUCGUCGGCCCGCACCCUGGCCCUGCAGUGCGCCAUGAAGGACCCCCAGAACUGCGCCCUCUCCGCUCUCACGCUCUGCGAAAAGGACCACAUUGCCUUCGAGACCGCCUACCAGAUUGUGCUGGACGCGGCGGCGACGGGGAUGAGCUACACGCAGCUGUUCACCAUCGCGCGCUACAUGGAGCACCGCGGCUACCCGAUGCGGGCGUACAAGCUGGCGACGCUCGCCAUGGCGCACCUGAACCUCAGUUACAACCAGGACACGCACCCGGCCAUCAACGACGUGCUGUGGGCCUGCGCGCUCAGCCACUCGCUGGGGAAGAACGAGCUGGCCGCCGUCAUCCCCCUGGUGGUCAAGAGCGUGAAGUGCGCCACCGUGCUCUCGGACAUUUUGCGGCGGUGCACGCUGACCACGCCGGGCAUGGUGUCGGCGCUGCACAGCCGCAGGAACUCCGGGAAGCUGAUGUCCCUGGACAAGGCGCCGCUCAGGCAGCUGCUGGACGCGACCAUCGGGGCGUACAUCAACACCACGCACUCGCGGCUCACGCACAUCAGCCCGCGCCACUACAGCGAGUUCAUCGAGUUCUUGGGCAAAGCCCGGGAGACGUUCAUGAUGGCUCACGACGGACACAUCCAGUUCACCCAGUUCAUAGACAACCUGAAACAGAUCUACAAGGGCAAAAAGAAACUCAUGAUGCUGGUGAGGGAGCGGUUUGGCUGAGGGUGAGACUGGGGGGUCUCCCAAAGCCCCCCUCGCCACUCUAGUACUUUUCUAUUAACUUGAGUCUGCCUUUUUGAACUUCUUUUGGACGUUUAAAAUAGACGAGCGAAACGAGGGAUGCGACUUGUAGAACGAAGCGAAAUGAGAAGAGAAAAAAAUCAACAGAGCCACAAGCGGUAUUAUUGUUCUUGCUGUUGUUAUUGUUAUCAACAUUAUUACUAUUAUUAUUAUUAAUAAUAUUAUUACUACUAUGUGUACAGAAGUGUUUUUAUUUUUCAGAAGAGAGGAAAUUUGUCACGUUGUGAAUGUUGUGUGUAUUUCUCUACAUGUGUGCGAGAGGAAAAUGAAAAGUGAAAUGGCUUUUUACAAAUGUUUGGUUCUUUUUAUUUUUCAUGAUUUUAAAGCAUCUUUUUUAAUUUUUGUUCUCCCUUUUCCAGUGUCUGUUGAGUUACGUGUUGUCGAGUGGCUGACGCCCUUUUACAAUAGCGCUCGUGACAAAACAUAUAGGAGAAGAAGAGGAAGAAUAGGAAGAGGAAGAAGAAGAAGAAACAAAAAAAACCGACGUCUCGGCAUCCUCAAAGAGAAACGAAGGCUUUAAACCUCCCUCUGCCCAGGCCCCCCCGGUGGGCGCUGGGCAGCACUGCACAGCUUAGCUCGGCUCGGCUCGGCACAGCUUGGGUUAGCACUGACAGAAAGCCGCCGUCAGCAUUUCUUUCCACGCAGCAGCACUUGAGCAGCCAUUAGUUUUCUCUGGGUCCCCGGCACUAGCUCCAUCUCACACAACGACGCUCUUAGCAAACUCGUGUUGUUGUUAUUGUUGUUAUCCUCCCCACCUCCGUUGCGAGUACCCGUGUUAGACCGAAAAAUCGACGGCACAUCACGCAAAGAUAAUACGAGUCGCGUCGUUCCAUUCGUGACACGUAGUACGGCUGUGAUUCUUAAAUAACCGCCAUAGCGGAAGUCGAUACCCAGAGGGAGACGACGACCUCGUGACACGGUGUUGAACCCGCUCCCUUUUUCGUUUUAUUUUUCUCCUUUUCUCGCCGUCGUGAUGCGUACCAUCCGCUGUCCGAUAGCCGAAACGGACGAGGCGCUCGUCGGACCGAGGUCACGAGGACGCGUGGCGUCGGAUUCCCGCCAAGUGUUUGUGAGCUUGGCGCCGCUGCACGUCGCCAACCCGGCAUCGGUACUUCCAUCCCCCCAAAAUCUGCUCUAGCAGACCUUGAAAAAAAAUGUGUCAGUGUGUCAGUCCCCCUCUCAUCUCCAACAGCCACCAUUGUACGGUAUUUUUCAGACCAGGCCAGUGUCAUUUCCCUCUGUGCAUGUGAAUCAUAGAAAUUAGACUCUACUGUUAAAGUUCAUUGUGUGGAACCUUCAGUGAUUGUCAACCAGAACGUUCUCAGGGAUUUCUCUACACAGGAAAAAAAAGGCGGAACAAAUGAUCGACUGACUACAGGAAAAAAGACAAAAACGUGACACGACAUGAGCGAGCAUUUAUUGUACUCUGUAUAUAUGCCAUAGUAUAUGUCUGAAUAUGGAGGAUCUGAAAGUAUAUGUUAACUAAUUUAUACAGAGUAUUCUAUGUAAUGUGAAAUACUUGAAGCCGCUGUAGUUUGCUCUCUCUCUCUCUCUCUCUUUCUCUGGCUCUCCUUCUCUCUUUUGUCUUCUCUUUUUUUUCUUCUUCUCUCGGUUGAAAACGGAACAUAUCAGAAGGACUAGACUGACCUUGCUUUUUGAACUCGCAAAGCCUCACGUGUUCAUACUCGAGACGCUGGAUCCAGGUCGAGUCAGAUCGGCGACGGCGGAGAAAGACGUUGUUCAUUCCCGGACUUCAGGCCGUCGGUCGAUACGUGUACAAUACAGGACUUGAUUAUGCAUGUGAGCUGUUGCACUAGCCUAGUUUCCCAUAGGAUCCUAUGGGGAAACACUGUAAUGUGCUUUAUACAGGACCUAAUUGGAGAUGAAUCUGGUUAAAAAUCAUGUAUCAUGUGUCCAGCCUUCCGUGCAUUUAAUGCCGUCUCUUGGCUGACGUCUGUCUCGUGUUGCUUUCAUUUUACCCGCGUCGCAGUUACUCGUGUAACUCCACAACUCAUAUUGAUAAUUAUGCACAGGUUCUAUCGAGCGAAGAUUAAAGAAACGAGUCCUCAGAUCUCCCUUUCGUUCGCCGCAGCAUUUCCAGUGUCUCCUCUGCAAUGUUCAGCUGUCCUCAUCACUUGCCUUUUUUAUUACCUUCUUUAUAUGUCUGAUUUUUUUUCCUCCUUUUUUUUCUUUUCUUCCGUGCAUCUUUUUUCUAUCUUGUGUUCAUUAAAGAUAAAAGCAGCCUUUUCUCUUGCCUUGUCUUAACGCUUUAAAGUAACCAAACAGGAGAUCUACCUAACAACCAAACGCGUUCUCAGAGGUGAGAGACGACCCACCUUGGUCCCAGCUUUAGUGUCCUUAAUUAGUAAGCGGAUGGCUGUGUAACUCAUGCUUUAACAAAGCAAAUUCCUCACGUGUGUUUGGUGAAAAAAUACGUUGUCCAGUGUCUCUCGUUCUCUUCAGAAACAAUUUCCUCUGAGUCUUUCUAGCUGUUUUUUUUUUUUUUCUUCUUUUUUUGUUGUUUGUUUGUUUGUGUAGGAAUCUUUUGCUCUCCAAUUUUAUUUAUUACAAUGACCCAUGUAUACAUGCUUAUGAAAUUAAGAUUUGAUACACCGAUAUCAAUUUAUUUAUGUAACUAAAUCACUGUUUUAUAAUCUUGUUAAUGAGUCGAUAAUUGAUUUUUCUUUUGAUUUUUCUUUUUGUUUUAAUAAAAGUUAGUUUUUUGAAAUGUA